AUGUCGGCACCAGAACUUACUGAUAUUAGAUCUCCUUUAGAUGUAAACAAACUAAAACAAUUCCUUGCCUCAGUUACGGGCUCAGAAUCCAAUAAAGUGGUGUUGGGUCAUAAGGCAACAGUUCCAACCACUUUUAGUGAAAUCAAACAAUUUACAUUUGGUCAAUCCAAUCCAACAUAUUUCCUUUCCACACCAGAAGGGAAAAACUAUGUUUUGCGUCGGAAACCAUCUCCAAAUUCCAAAUUGAUUUCUAAACUGGCUCAUGCCGUGGAAAGAGAAUUUUUCAUUUUAAAUGCUAUCAAUAUUUUGAAUUCCGAAUCCGAUAACCUUACUGUACCAGUCCCUAAAGUUCAUUUAUUAUGUGAAGAUGAAUCACAAAUCGGUUAUGUAUUUUAUAUUAUGGAUUAUGUGAAUGGUAUUCAAAUUAAGAAUCCAAGUAUGCCAGGAAUCGAAGAAGCUGAUCAAAAGAAAUAUUGGAAAUCAAUUAUUGAAACAAUUGCCGCCAUUCAUUUAUUAAAUGUCGAGAAAUUAAUUUCAUUAUUACCAAAAUCCCAUUUCCCACAAUUUCAAAAUAUCGAUAAAUUAAAGAGUACUUCUUAUUUUGCUCGUCAAAUUAAAACUUUGAAUAAUAUUCAUAAUUUGCAAAGUCAACAUGUACCACCAAUCCCUGAUUUUGAUAAAAUCACUGGUUGGUUACAAAAAUAUGCUCCACAAGAUCCAGAUAAAUUGACUUUGAUUCAUGGAGAUUUGAAAAUCGAUAAUAUACUAUUUGAUCCAAAUUCGAAAACCGUUUGUGGUGUUUUGGAUUGGGAAUUAACCACCAUUGGUAACCCACUUUUCGAUUUGGCCAAUUUCUUACAAGCAUUCCAAUUACCUAAUAAAUUGAAUCGUAUGUUAUACUAUCCUCAAAAAACCGCAAUGGGGGCUGAAAAUAAAAACUCAACCGAAUUUUUAUACGAAAAAUUACAUGAAUAUGAAAAAUUGGUGACUUGGUCUAAAACUGAUUCUAAAAAUAAUCCAUCCGAGUUGUGGCCUAUUGGUCAUACAUUUGGGUUAUUACGUCUUUCUGUUAUCAGUCAAGGUAUCGCCAUGAGAGUGAAAUUGGGAAAUGCCUCAAGUGCCAACGCCAAAGGUUAUGCUUCCAUGUAUCCAUAUCUAAGUGAAUUAGCCAUGGAAAAUGUUAACAAAACAAAGAAAACUUCAGUUUUGUAG